AGAAAAAAAAAACCAUACAAACACAGUCUUACUAUGUCAAUGUGUGAAUGUGUCCUUACAGUAAAGAGCAUGACACAUCUGUAACAGAAAAAAAACCCUCAGCAGAUGAGAAGCGUCUCAUCAUGUGAUUCUGCAACAUUCACACAUUCACUUACUGACUCACAAUACACAAAGGGAAGGGCUGAAAAAAUGGGGUAUUGCUUAUGCAGGAUGCCAGUAGAGUGUAUUUUAAUGAGUUUUCUCUGUUUGUUAUGCUGAAAAUGAUAAAACUGUAUCCUGUGUUAUAACUUCCACAGUCUGUUAUCAGAUUACAUUUGUGAAAGGAAAGAAAGAAACAUUUCACUUAGUUUUUAGGCUAAUAAAUCAAAUUAAAUCCGGACUCAACAAAUGCAUCCCUGUCGAAUGUGUCUGCACUUACAGUUGUGGAUAGGCUCACAGAAAUGCUUUCACCUGCUUGACCACAUACCUGUGGCGUCUGUAGUUUCAUACAGGUUGCUUAACCGGUUAACGUAUUUUUUAAUUAAUUAGGCCAAUUAUUUAUUUUAAGAUUCACACAUAAAUGAUAAGCUAAACUGGCACACUUUCCAUUACUGGUCCAGAGAAUUAAUCAUAAUUAAAAACAUUAGUCCACUUCAUUUUGAAAACUGAAGUUCAAUUGCUGCCUUAAAAAAAGUGAGCAAACAUCACUUUAAAUGGAAAUUGGUUUUAAUAUAGCUGAAGUUAUUCUAACUUGAAAUAAUGUGGAGUUAUAUAUUUGUUUAACAAGAUAAAGCAAGUUUUCUUCAAUGGAUAAUGUAACAUAGUUUAACUCAGACCAUCAAGUUUAAACAACAAAUGGUCAUAAAACAACUUGAGGAACUUAAAGUUGACACAAUGCUAAUCUUCACGUUGGGUUCAAUUUUCAAACUGAACCACAUGUGGUUUUUAGUUUUUUUAGUUUUUUUUUAAACACAAUUGCUUGUACAUGAAAAUUUCCUCAAGAGGGAGACAAUCUCCUGUAAGUGGAUAGUAUCAGACUGUCUCCACACAUUAAACCUCCUGAACAAAGACUUCAGGACUGCAGAAGACAAGGCUGCCAGUAUAUCUGUACACAUCUCCCCAUAGACGAUAUGAAAAAAGACAUUAAGGUGUAAAUAUUAUACUUUACGGGCUAAAUACGGGGAUAUAUUUAUAACUUCUGAAAUUUGAAAUAAAAAAAAAUAAAAAAGAAUAUAUGAAUAAAUAACAUUUUAAUUUCAUCUACUUACUGCUACUACUUAUUUAUUUGUAUUUGGUGCCGUGUGCUCAUUACAGGCACAUUUCUUUUUCAGGCAUUUCUGUGGUCACUUUCUCAAGCCCGAGAAGGAACCCACACUUCUUUUCAAAGUUUCCUCACAUCUGCAACGGAGCGUCUGAACAUUUAACAUCUUACGCCACCAAAACCUCAGUUUUUCAAAAUAAACUGAAAACUAAAGUUCAAAUUAGUGUAGUGAAGCAAAGUAACAUAAAAGUGUUUUUUGCUCAUGUUUGUGACGAUCAACUACGGGGUUCCCUGGAUUGAUUCUGCUCUGGCCAUUCAUUCCUUGGAGGGGAGGAGUUACCGGAGCCACAGAAGGGUCUUAACAAAAUGUGUGUCCCCGACUAAAGCAACAUUAUUUCCGCCCUGCUCCGGUGCCGUCCUGAAUUAUCUCCGUGAGGAACAUAUAAAUGGACAGUGAAACGAGUGUGUGACUGACAGCCGCUCUGCUCUGUCUGUCUCUCCGCCUGUCGCUCCUCACAGUCUGAACCCGAAGCAGAGGAUGGAUGGAAACUUUCCACCGGCUGCUAUCUUGAGAGUGGUCCUGCUAACCGUCGUGUUGUCAUCCUCAGCUGCUUUCCUGGAGCCUUACGACCUAUUGUAUGACAACGCGGUGCAGGCAUUUUACAGCAGCGACUAUGGCGAUGUGGUGCGCUACAUGGAGGGAGCGCUCAGCAGCUACGGAGAAGUCCGGCGCACCAAGGUCCGGUGCCGGCUGAGGUGCCAGGACCAGCAUCAGUUUGAUGAGACCUUCUCAGACCUGCGCUUCUUCGACGUGGUCCUGCGGAGAGCGGCGUGUAUGGACGAAUGCAUCGAGGAGAAACUGGGCACGCAGUCUGUGCACAAAGUCAGCCAGGAUGUAGUGCAGGACUUCCACAGGAGGAUCCCCUACAACUAUCUUCAGCUGGCUUAUCAGAAGCUGAAGCAGCCUGACAAGGCAGCAGCGGCAGCUCACACCUAUUUCCAGGCUAAUCCAGAACAUGUGGAGAUGGGUCAGAACCUGGAGCAGUACAAAGACCUGCAGGGCGUUGAGGAGGACCACUUUGUAGACAGAGAAGCCCGGCCUCACCAGCACUCGUUCACAGCAGCCGUGAGGUUGUAUGAUAAGGGCGACUAUGAGAGGGCUAUCGCUCUGUUUGAGGAUGCUUUGCUGGAGUACUAUAAAGCAGAUGUGGAGUGUCGGGCCCUAUGCCAAGGGCCGCAGAGGUUUGAGGGCCACGAUCACCUCCGCUACCGCUACAGUCUCCAUGAACUCAUAUCAGAUCACUUCACUCAGAUGCUGCACUGUGAACAUGAGUGUGUCAGAGAUCUCGCCACCCGACCAGGCCGCCUCUCACCCAUGGAGAACUACCUGCCUCUGCACUACGACUACCUUCAGUUUGCCUACUUCCAGGUGGACAGGCUGGAGGAGGCGCUGCAGUGUGCGCUGAGCUACCUUUUAUUCCACGAGGGAGAGGAGUUCAUGACCGACAACGUGGAUUACUAUAGCGAGGUGCUGGGACACAACGGCGAACCACGAGAGAAAGCUGCAUGGUACCUGAGGAGACACAAACAGGAACUGGAGCUGCUGCUGAUUGGCAGCAAAACAAUGGGUGUUGAAUUUACCGAAGGGAAUUACUGGAGCAGCACGGGUGGAAGAGACGACUCAAACAGGAUUCCCUCCGGUACAGACGGAUGGAUGGAGUAUGUUCCCAUCUCAGAGAAGAGGAACGUCACUGUUGCUGCUCCACAGAAACUCAAUGAAGGUGGCCCCUUGGUGUAUGAAAGCGUGCAGCUGGUGCAGAACUCUGCAGCACUGAACGGGACCCAGCGGGUGCUGCUGGAUCAUGUUAUAUCUGAGGAAGAGUGUGCAGAGCUCAGGCACCUGGCACAUGCUGUCACCAUGGCAGGAGACGGUUACAGAGGGAGGAUGUCUCCACACACUCCCAAUGAGAAAUUUGAAGGAGCCACUGUGCUUAAAACCCUGCAGUAUGGCUAUGAGGGCAGAGUGCCAAUGAGGAGCGCUCGCCUCUUCUACGAUAUCAGUGAGCGAGCGAGACGCAUCAUUGAGUCCUACUUCCUGCUCAACUCCACCCUGCACUUCUCCUACACACACCUGGUGUGCCGGACGGCCAUCACAGGCCAGCAAGACCACAGGAAUGACCUGAGCCAUCCCAUCCAUGCUGACAACUGUCUGCUGGACCCCGAGGCCAAUGAAUGCUGGAAGGAACCACCAGCAUACACAUACAGAGACUACAGUGCACUGUUGUAUCUGAAUGGAGAUUUCGAAGGAGGGGAGUUCAUAUUCACAGAAAUGGAUGCUAAAACAGUCACAGCAUCAGUGAAGCCCAGGUGCGGCAGGAUGGUGGGUUUCUCAUCAGGAGGGGAGAAUCCACACGGCGUGAAGGCCGUCACCAGCGGGCAGAGGUGUGCUGUGGCUCUGUGGUUCACCCUGGACCCACUCUUCAGAGAACUGGAGAGACUGCAGGCGGAUGAGGUGAUCCAGGCAUUGGACACACAGUCUGUGUGGGGACAGGGCCUCAGCAUUAACCCUAAAGAUGAACUGUAGAAGCAGAAAAAAAACAGCUUUGCCGCCCCCCCCCCCCCCCCCAAAAUCAAAUCCUUCUAUAUAUUUUAACUAUUUAUUGAAUGACCUUUGGAUCAGAACAUUUCUAUUUUUGUACUGUUUGAAGUGCAAGAUCAAUAAUAUUGACAUUUUUGUGUUGUAUGUUUGUUUUGUUUCAUGUUUCUUUACACACCAGUACUUGAGUUUACCUUUGGUUCUUUGUCUUUCCUUCCAGUGACAGCCUCGGGUUAAGAAAAAGUCUGAUUCACUUUGUCUUGUUUGUACUUGGUGUUUUCUCUGAAGACUGUUUCUACCUGUUGUCUCACUGAACUGUGAAGAAGCCAAAGAGAAGAACAGCAGACACUGUUCUGCUUUGGGUUUUACUUGUUCUUAUUCUGGUCAAAGUAUUCAGUGGGCGUAAUUCAAAAACACAAUGUACACUUAUUAAAAAAUAGUUUAUUUUAAUGGUCAGUAGUUCAAGAUAACAUUAGAUUUGAUCUUCACAAAUGAUAUUGUUACAUAUGCUAUUAUUUUUAUUUAUUUUUUUUUUUUUUUUUCCGUGCCAGUAAUAAUUAUUUUCAAAGUAGGCAGUGCACUGUUUUUUCUAAUUUGGGUAUCUCUGAGUCUCAAAUAACACUCAUUUAAAAAACUCUUUUAAAAAACAAAAAAAACAAAAACAAAGAGAUAUGUUCGAAAUAUGCUGAAUAUUUAAUGAUCAUGCACUCUGUCCUCUGUGUGUCAAGUCUGAAACUGAAAAUGUCUUCUGUCACUACUUUGUUCACUUUUCCUUUUGUUGUGAUAAAUCACUCCUCUCCUUACUGGGCACACAGAGCAGAAUACUGGUUUACAUGUUCACUGACAUGAGGACGUGGUGUGUGUGUGUGUGUGUGUGUGUGUGUGUGUGUGUGUGUGUGUGUGUGUGUGUGUGUGUUUGUAUGUAUGUUUUAUGUUUUAUGUUUUACUUUUAUUUAUGGGUUUUAAUAAUAGACAGCUGCAGUUGUAACUGUCUGCAUUUAAUAUGAUGAACUUUUAUUCAUAAAAGAUGUCAAUCAUUCCUGUUUCAAGGAAUACAUACGUAUUUGUUAAGGUCUUUUAUUUCUUGAUAUUUGUGUUGAUGAUACAGAUGAUAGGCCGAGUCGUGCACUGUAAAUCCAACGGAAAGAGACAAACAAAGAGUAGCUUUGUUUUUCUGCAUACAUUUAAAAUGCUAACCAGAAACUUAAUCCUGUCGUUUUAUGAGGUUGGCCACUUUUGUUUCACUGAUGUUUUAUUUUGAAAUGCUGUAGCAAACAAAAAUGUAUGUGUACAUGCCUAUAAAUUAAAAAUAUUCUAAAUCUA